AUGGACGAAAUACACGCAGUGCUGGAGCUAUUCGUCAGCUGCCGCGGAAGCGGUUGGCCUCUUGUGCGCCUAGAAGCGGAGCAGCAGCUGCUGACGCAGCACCUCCUGAUGGCGGCGCCCAUGGACAAGGAAGAAAUUGAAGACCUAAUCAGGAGGUGUUUUGAAGCAGAUAACAAUGGAGAAAUUAAUUUUCUCAGCUUCUGGUCAGGGAUGGAGAAUCUCCUCGAACUGCUGGGGAUCCGAGAGCCCUCCGCGCAUGUAGAUGACAAGGUUUACGGUUUGCAAGUCUUCAGGGACGGUCUGCUUGCCGAAGCCAUGAGCAAGCACCAAGGACCCACUAACAGCGUGUUGCUCUCCAGAGACGAGGUUCUCCGCGUAAUCGGCCAGACAAACAAGUCAGUUACAUCUAGGCAAAGCAAGGGUCAUGCGGCAGGCAACCGGUGCGACGGUGGACCCUACCAAGGAGGCGAAAAGUGCUCUUCAAACCCAUUUUGGGACGAGGUGUACAGAGAAACGGCACUACUAGAUGCAACGUCUGUCCUUUCAAUUACCGAGCUUUCCAUGAUGGUUUUUGGAUUUCUGAAGAGUUAUCUUAGGCAAGAAUCCCCAGCGAUGAGACUGUCGGAAGCGGUUCAACAUAAUGUUGGACAGUCGGUUGAAUGCGGAGAACCUGAGCGGGCUGAUACAUCUGGGGUCGGGAGCGGUGUCUCUGAUACAAGCGGGGUGCUAGCUGGGCGUACCGUUGCUGACACUACUGCGGGGACCGCUCACGACAAUCAAAGAGGCCUGGAACUGCACAGCCAUGUCUUUGGUCUUCGCAGUCAGACUAGUGAAAUUCCUGUUAACAGUGGCGAGCCCACAAUGAUCCAUGAGCGGUGGCAGAAGGGAUGGGAGCUGGAACAUCCAGGGGGGCAUCUGGAAGAUCAUGAUGCGAGCGGAAACACCUCCAGUGUAGCCAGUUCCACUGCAGGUGGACAUAAACGAGGCUUGGAGGGAAAGACGUUUCAAGAGGGCUCUGAGUCACAAGUCGCUGAUGUGUCGCACAUUUUAAAAGGCGUGGAUCCUGACGAUCCAUUUUCGCAGCUGCGGCAUUUGCUGAUCUUUGCCGGGGAAGUUGUUGAGCGUGGGGUCUUGUCCAAGAAGGACAUGCAACAACUCCGUCACUUGAAUGCCACAGCAGUCGACUGCGUGGACCGAAUAUUUGUUGAGCGUGACAAAAGAAAUGAAGAGGUAAACGACGCCGUUUUAUCGCUGAGAAGGAUGAGGACGGAAAAACAGCAGCUGGUCGAACGUCUGACGAGUGUUGAGCACCAGAACAAUCAGUUACAGCUGCAGCAGGAACAACAGUUGUACGAACGCGACAAAGUUGACAAACUGGAGGCAGCCUUGGCUUCCGAGCGGCUGGAACGCGAGCGUCUUCAAGGACUACUGCGGGAUAAAGAGGAGGAUCUCAGGGGUGUGACUCACCAGAAAGAUGCGCUCCUUGAGAAGAUCUCAUCACAAAAUGAUGAUUUCAACCGCCUCUUGGAAGCUGCGCACAAAGAAAAGGCUGAGUUGAGCGAAGACCACCGACGAAGAAUGGAAACGUUGAUUCGAGAAAAAGAGAUGCUGGAGGAAAAGUUUCGUUCCGCCGAAGACAGAGUCAGGGCUGCAGAAGCUGCUCGCCAACAGUUGCAAGGCGAUGCACAUCUCAGUGCGACUAGUCUAAGGCAGCGGAUAUUGGAGUUGGAGGAAGACAAGCAGAGGCAGGAGGCUGAGGCUGAAGAGAACGAGGGUCUUAUACUGCAGCUGCAGGGGCAGCUAGAGGAAAAGGUUCAGCAGGUCACAAUUCUGGAGGUGAAGAACAAGCAGCAAGCUCGCCUGCUGCAUCAGGUUCGCGGCGUGCGAAAUUCUUUGAUGCAAGUUCUUCAGGAGUCAAAGGAAACUGAGGUAGACAAACGUGGUUUUACCGCUUCUGCAAUGACGACGGGACGAGAGUCUGAGAUAGUGAAGCUGAAGGCAGGGAUGAAAGCUGCUCUGGCGCAUAUAAAGGAUUUGGAGACUUUCAUUGACGAGAUGAGACGAGAGCAGCGUCGAGGGAUCCAUCCACGCUAUGAUGUAUCCGCAGCCUCAGGUGACUCUUCUGCUCGACCUCUACACAAAAAGCGGACUGACGAGCCGUGCAGCAGGCCUUUAAUGGCGCUUCCAACCCUUGGGGAUGAGCUGGAGCUGUCCAGGUCUGCUUCCGUCCCCAAUAAUGGCAGCGAGGUAUCUGGCACUGAGCUCGGGAAAAGAAAAAGCAGGGCAACACAAAGAGCUUCAUCUGGAGAACCCGACACUUCUUCGCAUUGUGACAAAUCGAGGGUUGCCUGCGAGGGAUCAGGCGGUGGAGCUAGAAGUGCCGCGAGCGAGGAGAGCAUCGAAGCACCUCUCUCCAAACAGCUUAGCAUCGGGGAACAAAUUGCGACAGUGAAAAGGCAAGAGGCUGCCUCUAGCGAAGUUGGUUUCGCCGAGUGUUCUGGCUCGCUACCUCCACGCCAAGCAUGCACCGGAAGUUCGGGAAAUGCAGGGUCUUUUGCCUCGCUGCGCUCUGAGCCGUCAACGAUAGAUGCUGUCUCCAAAGAACCAACUUCUGCAAGUCUCCCAGAGGCCGAAGACAUUUUUGAUCCUCUCGAGCUGCUGAAGUCUGAGGACUCAGUUGCGGCAGAAAACCAAGAAAGAUUUGCAGUGAAAAGGCAUCUUUCGCGCACUUCGAGUGCAGCACAGAGAGUCCAUUCUGCUGAUCGGGCCAGACAGAUCAGCUCGAAGGGCGAGUCGUCUCUGCUCCAUCUUUCGUCUGGUGUAACAGUCAAAAGCUCAAGUACAUCGGAGCUUCCACCAAGUGGCGGCUCUACCAAAAUGUCCUUUGGGCAUUCGGUAAGCUCUAGUGGAGUCGAACUGUCACUUGCAGGAAGGAGAUGCAGGUCGCGGGCGACAGAGAGCAACGCUUCUAAUGAACAGAAGGAUGGCAGGAUUGACACUUCCGCGAUUUUGCCAUCCCCGGUAGCAGGGUCUCCUUCGGGAGGCCGUGGGAUCAGCUCUUCUGGUGAAAAGAGUAUCCUGAGCGAUUCGUUAGCUUCCACUACCUCGGACGGAAAGUUUCUGAUGUUGACCGCCCUAGGCGAAGCGAAAAGGUCUCCCACUGCGUCUGCCAGUCGGAGGAUUGAAGAACGAUCCCAGAGUUCAAAGGUAGAGUUGACUUCUAGAGCUCUGGACCCAAGCACAUUGAGCGGGAUGUUCAGCAUGCUUGGAGCGUGCGCUGCACUGCCUGGAAAUACACCACGUCGCGCGGUGGCAUCGACGGAUAUCGGGAACGACGCCAUGAGGGAUACCCGCGAUGGUGGCGGGGAAGAUAGUUCCAAGACCAAGCAUAGGCAGCCCAACAGGUUGUCUGCCGCAGCAACUGCUGCAAUCUCAACAAAGGAUGCUAAUGAGUUUCGGUCUCUACGGCGCGUCAGUCAAGCAAGUGUGCAUCACGUUGAGCGCCCUGAGGAAGAGUCACCUGACCAUAUUACUACAAGGCGGACCUCGGGAUCUGUUGAGGUAGCGGACGUGACUGCUCUUAGGGGCGAGCCUGCAUCAGACGAGUCCCUUUUGACAGGGGAAGAUCAAUGGUCAGCUCAGAGGAAGCCGAGUUCUUCGCCGAAAGCAGGGCGUUCAAGAGCACGACGUACUGUUUCCAUGGGAAUAACGGAAACCGCAGAAAACAUUCAAGCGCGUGAUGUAGCCGAGCAGCAGGAGAGGCAGCCCUCACUCACAACCUCAGGCAGUGCCGCGCACCCAGGCGGGAAGGAACACCAUCUGCAAGAUUCCAAUCCCUCUCCCGAGGUUUCCCGGAAAGCCUCUAGGGCAAUAGACUCCGUUCCGAAGAGAGUUUCUGGAGCUGAAAUUGAAAAGGAAGUUGCGCCGGAGUCUGGAAGCCCCACUUCUUCGCUUCGAAAACGGUCUGGAGUCUCAAAAAGCUCCUUCGCAGCUUUGGAAACCUGCCGAAGCAGAGGGAAUGCAAAUAUCCAACGGGCAUCACGCAGCCGCAGCAGCAGUUCCGAGCCACCUUCCCGCAAGGCGUCGUCUUCCCACGGAACGUCUACCAACCAGCAGGCGCAUGAGCCGAAGACGCCGCAUGAAUCCAGUAACACAGAAACUUCGGGGCAACAGCAGAAGUUGCACGACUGUUCGAGAGCAUUUCAAGGUACUGAAUUUGAAAGCCAAGUUCAGACCUUGAGGCAGCAAGUACCAUUAGUGGCAGAUCAGGCGACCCCUCAGGAGAGCCCAGGGAUGCGCGAUAGAGUGGGAUUACGCAAGGGCACCACUAGCGAAGAACGAGGAUCGAACGACCAGCUGAAGUCUCCCCAGAGCCUGCAACAUGAACUAAAGGAGGAAUGCAUCAGGCUACAAGAUGAGCAAACGGCUUCUGCAGCAGCUCUGUUAGCUGCCGCGGCGGGAGUGGUUGACGCGUCUCUCCAGCAGCAACAGCAGAUGAUACAGCGUCAGCAGGAACACCACGAAGAUCUGCAGAGGGCUCAGCAGCGAAGAAUCGACAUGCUGCAGGAACAACUUGAACAUCUUCAGAAGGCAAAGGAAGAGCAGCGAGAAUCUGGAGAGCAAGAGCAGAAGAAGUUGAUUCAUACACUCCAAGCAAAACUGGAGGAACUGCAAAGGCGUCAAGAGCAAAGAGAACAUGAUUUCCAAGAAGCUCAACGCAAACUUCACGAAGAGCUGGAGGUGCAGUUACAGAAGAAGUUGGAGGAGCUAAGACGCUCCCCCCGACGAACAAACAUAGAAGCAGCCAGUUCGUGUGCUGUGGGUCUGAAUGCCCUUCGUGUCUCAUACGCGCACCGCCAAGACACAGACCUUCGAACUAGCCACACACUGAGGGCAGACUACCAGCGCGUGACGUCUGGAGGAUGCAACUCAUUUGAAAACAUUGGCCAUGAACAGACGGUGCACCAACAUUCCCAGCAAGACACCAUCCCGAGACUUUCGGAUGUACAUGCGUUUACAACGGGAUCUGAGGAUUUUUCUAGCGUAAAUGCAAAGCGUGUUAAUCAGUUGCUGUCAAGCGGGAAGCUCGACGAUGACACUGUGAAUUGCAUGCCGUGGCACCGUGCUGAGACGGAGCCACUGGGAUCUGCUGGACGAAUGGAUCUUCACACAGCAGGUGCUGAGGCUCGAGGGCAACCGCUGGCGGAAGCUGCAGGAUACAUAUGCGAACCGCAUGAUCGACACAGUGACUCUGAUGGCGCAUCCAGUUGUGCUAGCAGCAGUCUCAUGGGGAGCCAGUGCAGCUUGCCGGUCCAUGGCUGUUCAUUUGAGGAGGCACCCACAACAACCAGCAGCUCAUUCAUUAGCCAGUCUGCCACACCUGCAGUGUGCUCGUCCAGGCCUUCCCAGCGUGGGCAUUACCUUGCUAGUGAAGGGCCAGUUGAGCGACAAAUUUACUCUGCUGGGGGCGAUCGCUUGUUAUCUCAGUCUUUAGGUGCUCACGGUAGGGAAGGCGUUCUGGCCAGGCAUAACCUGGUGCGUCCUCAGCAGUCAGAGUGUGUUUCCAUUACUCCCCAGCACAUCUCACUUAACUCUGGCCAGGCGGAUCCUCUUUUUUCUUCGUGUGUAGUACAGCGCAUUAACAGCUCUACAGGUUCUUUGUGGAGCCCCAAAGCGUCGAGGAAUCACGCCGCUGGCGUGGGGGAGCGUGCAGCUUGUUGUAGUACUUCAAGUAGUUCACGACCGCAUGCGGAUCCCCCAGCGAACUUUUGUAGCGGGAAAGGUACGCCGUCAAGAGGCUGUCAGGCAGCUUCUAAGGAGAAGCUGCUUUGUGGAGAGUUCCGCUACCGCUCCGGAAGUUCUCGCCACCUCUCAGACCAGGAACCUGGACCUCGGGAGAGUGGAUUGGGCUCGGGUAGGCCCCAACUAUCGGCAAACCAUCCUGUUUCGCGGGCUGAAAGAGUGAUUCCAAUACAGCAGGCGCGCAUAGACAGCGCUCGAUUCCUAGGCAGCAGUAGCAUUAGUGUGAAAGCCCCCAGCCUGUCUGGAAUCUCAAGGGGUCAGCAGGGUGCAUUUCCUUCUAGGGAUUCCCAGCUGCCCGCGCCGCUGGCAUCGACAAGGUCAAUUACCUCCACGUCCUCCCUCGCAUUCCCUGUCCAAAGCUCUUCAAUUGGCCAUACUUCCAGACUAUUGCAGCAGCCAAUAAACCCCAACCAGUGCUCACCACCGCCGACGGAUUUCCUGGGGGCGACUUCUCCACGGAGUAUUCCGAGUCAUCGACAGACGGAUUCGCGCGGCUCGCACGCCGGCAGCACAAAACGUUCCAGACACAGUCGGUGCACUGAAAGUCCAGUUUUGCCUGCUCCGGGACAUCCGAAGAACGAGUCAGGCGUUCGAAGCGCGCGCUCUUCAGGCGUAAGCACAAGGCGCGAAUCGUUGCUCUAUGGCCCACGACGCACAGUUAACUCUUUAAUGAGCAGACAGCCUCACUCGACUUUGUCGGAAGCAAAUCCCGCAAGGCAGAGGGGGAAGAUGCAUUCGUGCACAGUUGGGUCAGGUAGCGCUGGAUAUGGGCCCACGGAGGCCAUUUCAGCAGAGCGGCAGGAAGGCAGUGGAGCAGCAUCUAUCACAUAUCGCCGUGCGUCAAGCAGUGCAACUCAUCCGGAUGUGGAAGUGUCGCGGUAUCCUUCUCACCAUCGCCAAAAGACGCACCGUGGGUCUAGCGGAAAGGACAAGUUGGAUAACAAGCGGCAGCCUGACGAAAGUCAGAAUGCCGAACUAGCUGCUGCAGGGGAUUCAAGCAGCCCGCCCGCGCCAUCAUCGGGUUGGGCCGGGUUCAAUGGUGGGUUCAUGAGCCAGGUACAAAAGUGGAUUAGCUAG